ACAUUCAAAAACCAAAGGUUACUGACUUUAAAAGAAUAUUCAGUCUUGCCUUGCGUUACAAUAGAGUUCCGUGCACAAGAACACUGUCUAUAUUUGGUUUAUAUUUUACUCCUAUAUUCUAUUUUGGAAGAGAGGCUGUUAUGCCAUAUGUAUCUCAAUCUCCAGCAAACUUUACAGAUGAACACAAACCUAAAGGUUGCUACAACAUAAGCACGCUGCUACCACUUGCAACUACGACUUCAUUGAAAAAUAAAUUUUUAACAACGGAAAACGUCUUCUUUGAUAAUGUGGCGAUCACAUCUUUGCAUUUGAACACCGAGUAUCCUGCCGUAAAAGAUUUGGACAGUCACAAAUUGAAGUCAGCUAAACAUGAUGAUACAUCGGGAAAAGUCUUCUUUGAUAAUUUUGAGACAAUAGAGAAGAACGACAGUCAACAAGUUGGGGUUCAACCUGAAGAACUUGAAGUAAUCAUUGAUGACGAUGACGAUGAAUCGCCAUUUGGAAUACUGUCUGUCUAUUGCAGAAGUGGAAUUCAUUCAAGAUAAUUUCACAGACAUAGGACAAUAGAUGAAUUUAGACAGAAGAAUUUUUGAAACUAUUUUACAUCAAUGAUGACGAACAUGAUUAAAAAUAUUAAAUCAAAAGUAAUUUGUGUUGUUUACUUUAUUUUUAGCCUUUAUAUAUGAUGGACAUGGCAUGCUUUGUAUAAUGAUUUGUUGAUUUGUAUUGAU